UGUGUUAUAUUUUCGUGGUGAUGUUCUGUUUAAUUACGUGUGCGUUAUUCAGUGAGGUGCAUUUUACAUUAAUCCUUUGGAUGUUCUUUUGAAAAUCAGACUACAUCAUUUUCCGAAAAAAAAAUCUAUUGAUAGUUAAUUCAACAGGAGACAAUGCCGAAGCAUGCCAAGACCUGGGCGACGAAGAAGGCGAAAAACAUGUCCCCGCUUUCAGUAUCGCCUUGUUAUCAGAGGGCCGAGUCCGAGGACGCCACAGAGCAGAAGCAGAGCCCAGGAAUCGCGCGUGAUAAGACCCUGCCGUAUGCACCCUCCCGGAGUCCAUCUCCGAAAGGACUUCUCAGCCCCUUCGAAUCAAAUAUAUUUCCUCAAACGUCUUACAAGACCAGCAGAUCGAACUCAGUUUUCCUUCGAAACUUCUUGGAGAAAAGCGUAACUCCCAGAAAGGUUUUCCCUCUUAAAUCCGGACUAUUAGCUGAUAACAAACAAUUAGACACACUCCAUUCCGCAAAGUCCAUCGAAGAUUACCUCAUUAGAACUCAGAAGACUGUCGUGUUAAGACCUACUUCACCAGACUCACAACUGGGCGAAUCACUUUGCAGUAAUUCUCGACCAUCCCGUUCACUUCGAAAUGAUCGACCAUCAAUAACCUUACGAAAUUUACUGUCUGCAGAUCUUUCGCCAGAAGGUUUAUCAAAUGAAAGUCUUCGUGUAAAUUUUCCCGAUAUUCCUCCGAAACCAUUACUCCGGAAGGAAACCACAGUUUCGUUGCCAGAAGCCGAUGUGACAGAAAAUUCCAUCAAGACUUCAUGGAACACUGUAUCAAGAAGUAGUUCGUGUGACUCCAAAUCGUUGCCAACAACAGCACCUUUCCGGCCUCCAAACAGUGAGUCAGGAAGGAGGGAGAGAGCAUGUCGUGUUUGUGGCUGGAUUGACUGCCCACUCGACGACACACGGGUAUCAACUUUUUUGCACCAGUUGUACCCAAAACUUCAACUGUGAAGAUCAAGGAUUCGAAAAAAAACAACAAAACAAUUUGCUUGUUAUUGAGGUCGAACUGUAGCUGCUAUUUUCAGAAGACACUGUUUUAGUGUGAUCUGACCUUUUUAUAUGCAAUAUCAUAUCACGGAAAAUCUAAUGUGUAAAGAAAAUCUUUUUACCUCAACUGUAUUAUAUUCAUAUUUAUUGACGCAUAUAAGAUAAUAUAUUUUAUACAAUGAUGCUGUGUAUUUGUGUGUAAUAAAAUUCUCAUUUUU